UGUCCUCAAUGGAUAUUUUAAUCUGUUUGUAAAUAGGUUUUUCCGUAAUUUUUUCAGAUACAGGCGAAAAUGGAACGUAAAAGAAAAGUUCUGAGUGGAAACUAGAUAGUUUUACGUGUGGAAUCAAUCCCGUCUUCGUUUGGGUUUGUUUCGAGCUGCAAGGACAUAUUUUUACAGGGGCACAUUGAGGUUAAGUUCAGCCCUGUGUAAAAUGCACUGAAAUCAAAAUCUGUGAUGUGGACUCUAAAAAGCUCAUUUAUUGUACGUUUAAUAAAAUAUUCUUGCUUAUUUUAUUAGAUUGUCGGUAGCGGUAGGUUCUUUCAAGGCGAUUGGUCAAGAUGGAAUGGAGGCUUUUAUUUUAAGCGAGGCAAAAUGUGGAUUUCUGAAUGCCGGUUUUAGUUUCAUCCAAUGAUGCAAAGCCGGGAGGCAGCAUGUGAUGAGGGGGAAUAUGCAGUGAAAAGACGUAAAGCCCUUCAAGCUGCUGCCUCCUCUGUGUCCUAUCCCACGGGAUCGACACAAGGGCCGAAUCAACGUUUCGAAAGGAAGAAAUACCGAUGUAACAUCUUCAAGGAAUUGCAAAAAUUAUUUGACGAAGAUGAAGAAAGUUUUUCUAGUGGCAGCGGAAACGAGUCUGUUCAAUACAAAUCGUUAAUCUUAGAAGAGUUAGUGAAACGGGAUAGACUGAACACAAUUAUAAUUAAUUUGUAUCCUCAAGAGAAGGGUUAUUCUAUAGCAUUUCGUACGCGAGACAGGACCAUGUGUUUAAAGGGUGAUACAGAAGAUAUGGUGGAAACCACUCCAAAACCCUACGGAGACUGGGGACUUUUAAGGUACUUGUCAAGUGAAGAACUACCUCCGCAUCUAUUGGAUGUUUUAGAGCAGUUUCAGUUUCUGUUUUAUAGCGGUUGUGUUAUAGCCGAAGUUAGAGACUAUAGGCAAAUCUCUUAUUCUAAUAUAUGCUAUACGCAUCACAUAUUGCUUAGGCCUACAUAUAAGACUCUUUUAGCGGAUAUUAAUAAUUUGACCAAAGACAGGACGGAUUUCAGUUCGGACGACAAGGCUGCGUUGGAGAGCGAGCUUUUACUGGCCCACACGCCGGACUUGUGUUUAGAAUCCGAUCCGCACAUAGAAAACGAAUUGGCGGAGGUUUGCAACCGGAAGUAUAUCUGGAACGAUUCUCCGUGUAGGAAAAUAGCUAAGAAAUGCCCACAGGCUACUAUUAAUACGAAAAGAAAACUUGACCAGUCCAUAUGGGAUCUUGAUUUAUUUGAGUAUACUAGAGCCAAAAAGAGGGCAAAGUCCGAAGCUCAGUCGGUAGUCCACUCCAGUAGGGCACCCUUAAAUAAGGUUACCCCGGAAUAUAAGACUGUCAUACCGGUACCUAGUCUGGAGUGUCCCUCGAUAGCACCGCCCACGCAGCCGCUGGUGAUCAACCAGUUCUGGCCGAUCGCCUGGCCCGAAGAGACGCAAGACUGUUCCCUGCAUCUGAUGGAAGAAUACACUUUAGAGACUGACAUGCCUUCGAAGGAUAAGGAUAAUCCGAGGGUGUACCACAUUAAGCUGUCGAUCUAUCGGAGGCCUGCCGACUUGGAGUAUAUAGGCGAAAUGUACUUGGACAGGGAUCACAAAAAGGACAGUGCGGGACAGAAUGGCGUGUCUUGUAGAUUUUCCUUAGCUUCGAGAUCCAACACUAACAGAUACAUUGAGCAAUUCACCGAAAUAUUUACGGAGGGCGGUCGAAAAAAAAUUUUGCCCCGACUGCAACAAGGAUCGGCGCGAUUGGGUAUGCACGCGGUGGGCCGAAGUACCGCUCAACCUUACUCUAGAGAACACAUGGAAAGGAUACAUCAAGCGCUGCUACAAGGUCGACUAACGGGUCUUAACGGUGUCUCACCAGGAUUACAACAACAACUGCAAAUGCCGCACCCCGUUCAAGUCGCCACCGUACAAAAGCCUCAACAAUUAACUGCCGAGGGACAGGAAGUUAACAAAUUUGGAAACUAUGUACAAAUUCAAGCAGCAGCUAAUGUGAAGCAACUUGCAGCUCAGCAACAACAAAAGCUGAAUGCCUUAAAUAAUUCAGCAAUGAGGUUACCGAGAAAAACGACCAUAAACAAUGUGGCUGGUGGUACUAGGGUGUUAAAUCAUGGCAACCUUAGUCAAUCUGUACCGCAAACGGUAACCUUAACUUCCGUUAAUAAUAGUAGAGUGAAUUUCCUGAGUGAAGUCCAACAGCCUCAGACGGUCACCUUGUCAGUUGAGAGCGGCGGCCAUAUUAACUGUGCACUUCCAAUCAAACAAGUCGUGCAGAAUGACGCAUUAAAUGCUGCGGGACCGUCACAAUUAGCUCAAUUAGUAAGUUCUGGCACUACGAAAUACACGACAAUUCCAGUGAAACAACAGGUAGUAAAUCAGCGAUUGUUGAGCGUAUCAUCGUCGAGCAACGGAGGAAACAAUUCAACUUUGUCGGCGAUGCUUCACGGUACUCCGGCCGCCGACGUACCUGGCAUAGUAAGCCCCAAUGCCAGUCCUCUUUUCUUGGAGAAAUUGGGCGGCAACAGCGGCCAGAGUAUAUUCGCGCCGGCGACGCCUAAGAUUCCUCAGCAGGCUCAGUUCGUCGUGCAGAGUCCUAAAGGAAAUGCUGUGAUUUCGCCAAUGUCUAGUCCGCCCCCUCAGACAUCUGGCAUUUUAAACUUGGCCCAGUUUCAGGUUAUCGUCUCUGGAUCUGUGCCCGGCGGUGGGGGCGCGCCCACCGGUCUUUUGGUGUCUCUUCCCCCCGGCGUUGCCACGCAGACGCAGUCCUUGGCGACGCAGGGCUCCCAACAAGUCGUUCAGGGCGAUGCAUUGAGUACGGCGGGACCUUCGCAACUAGCUCAUUUAGUUAGUUCUGGCAAUACGAAAAAUAUAUCGCAACAAAGUUUGCGAGCCAACUCAGGAUCUCAAACGAUACAGCUAGCCCAGGGAAAUACGCAGUUCCAGUUAUUCUCUCCGUUACAGAGGUCAAACAAUUGUCAAACGAACCUUCCAAACCAAGCGAACAUCACGUCAAGAGCGCUGCAACGAACGCCAGUCACGAUCAAAAUAUCGCCGAAUACAAAUCCGAGAAACUUGGAAGCUAUGCAGCAAUAUCAAUUUUAUAUGAACCGGUCGAAUAGCGUUGGAAACAAGCCGAGGAGAUCAAGCGAAGAACAGUCUUGAGGUAGUUCAGUGCAGUGCUACGGAAAAGAUAAUGUUCCAAAUAUUUUCGUAUUUUAAUAACACAAUGAAGGGCUACAAUAUUAUCUGUUAGAUUUCUAAGUUUUAAGCACUAGCUGUCUAAGAAAUUUUUCCCAAACCCAUUCUGUUUAUAUGAAGAUUUAUUUUUUUAAGCACCCAUAGAGUGAGAAACACUGUUCACCUUCAACUUUUAUAUCGCCAUUAUUUAUACUUUUAUUAUUACAUACAAAAAAACAUUAUUUUAUUUAAGGUUGCUAAAAUGCAUUGUGAUAAACGUUUCUUUUUAUUCGUAAUUGUCAAAGAGUUGUACCAUAGAAUAUUUGAAAAUUUAAAAUAUACUUGAAUUAUGAAAUGUCAAAAAUGACAAUGAUCGAUAUCCGUCAAUAAAAUGAUAACCUCAAAUCAAAUGACAAUUGCUCGAGACAAUGUGUAGUAAUUUACGAAAUGCCCUAAAGACGUCACCAAUCUCUUUUAUCUGGUUUGCUUGAUGUAUUACCACAAUACCGCAUGAUCGAAAAAAAACGGCGUCCAGUUGGCUAGGAAAUGACAAUCGAUGACAUUUCCGAUAUAAUUUACAUAUAGAACGACAGCGUCCUACAUUUCAUAGCCAUCGCUGACGCCGUUUUCUCGACCAUACAGUAUAAUAUUUGUUUCUUUAUAAUAUUUGCUAUCUAGCCCAGUCAAAUUAGAGAAAUUGGAGGAAAAAAAUCCCAGUUUUGAAAAUGGUUUUAUAUGAUUUCUCUGAUAGACUUAGACUGAUAUGUGUCAAAAGUCCCCCAAGAUAGGCGAAGAGCUCGGGGAGAGGUUAAAUGUCACUUUAAUGACUUUUUAGCUUAUAUCUCGGAAAAUAUGACACGAAAAAA